AUGUUUCCCUUUGGCAAGGAUGAUCAAAAUGUACCAAGUAGGACCAAAGCCCUUAUCCUCCAGUGUGGGAGGGGGACGCGCGACCGAUCCAAGGAUGUUCUUCGUGAGAAGGAAUUCGGUGGCAUCUGGCCCAGACUCCACCUUAUUUCGCUAACUCCUUUCUCAACAUCCUAUCUGCCUAAAUAG